GUCGGGUCAAAUCCCUCCUCUUCUUCUUCGUCUCCGUCUCCGUCUCCGUCUCGUCGCCGCCUAAUCCCCCACCACCUCGAAACCCAGAUCAAACCCUCCCUCCCCUUCCACCCCCGCACGAUCCACCUACCCCCUCCCCCCUUCUUCUCCCUCGCGCGCGCACGCAGCUAGCUAGCUACCGCGAGGAACCGAAUCCAAUCGAGCUCAGGACGAGGCGGAGGAGGAGAAACCACCCCGGAUUCUCUUGAUCCGGAGUCCAAGAAACCACGGGGUAGUGCCGUAGUGGAAGCAAUCAAUCAGCAGCAGCAGGAUCGACCCCCCCCCCCUUCUUGAUUGCUGGUUUGGCCGGCGGCAAUGCCGGAUCCGGCCGGGCUGCCAUGGCUGCGGCGUCUGUGAGCCGCGUCGUCGGCGCGUGUGAAUGCUCGUCGGGUCUAGACGGUUUGAGGAGGAGGAGUGGGGAGAGGGAGGGGGGCGGCGGCGACGAUGCAGAUCCGGCUGUCGCCGAGCAUGAGGAGCAUCACCAUCUCCAGUAGCGGCAUCGGCAUCGGCGGCGGCAAUGGCGGCGGCGGAGGCGGCGGCGGCGGCGUGGGGAGCGGGCUGCUAGACCUCAUGAAGCUCAAGGCCGCCGCCCGCCACUUCUCCUACCGCACCGUCUUCCACACCGUCCUCAUCCUCGCCUUCCUCCUCCCCUUCGUCUUCAUCCUCACCGCCCUCGUCACCCUCGAGGGCUUCAACAAGUGCUCCUCCCUAGAUUGUCUAGGCAGACGGUUAGGUCCACGGCUUCUUGGUAGGGGCAACGAUGGCUCCAUGAGGGUCAUGAGGGAUUUGUAUAGGAUGCUUGACGAAAUAAAUUCUGAAGAAGUACCUGUUGAUUUGAAGGUCCCAGACUCUUUUGAUGAAUUCAUCUGGGACAUGAAGAAUAAUGAUUAUGAUUUAAGGUCAUUUGCUUUUAGGCUGAAGGCAACAAUGGAGAGCAUGGACAGGGAAUUGAGAACAUCAAGGUUAUCAGAGCAGUUAAACAAACACUACGCAGCAAUUGCUAUUCCCAAAGGCCUUCAUUGCCUUUCCUUGCGUCUAACUGAUGAAUACUCAUCCAAUGCUCUUGCAAGGAAACAACUCCCUCCACCUGAGUUGAUCCCUCGUCUUUCUGACAAUUCCUAUCUCCAUUUUGUUUUAGCAUCAGAUAACAUCCUUGCAGCCUCAGUUGUGGUCAGUUCAACUAUUAGGUCAUCAUUAAAACCUGGCAGGAUAGUUUUCCAUGUCAUCACUGACAAGAAGACCUAUCCUGCUAUGCACUCAUGGUUUGCUUUGAAUACUCUUUCUCCUGCCAUUGUUGAGGUGAAAGGUGUUCACCAAUUUGAUUGGUUAACAAGAGAAAACGUGCCAGUUCUUGAAGCUAUAGAAACUCAGCACACUGUCAGAAGUCGUUUCCAUGGAAAUCACCUUGCAAGAAAUAGUGCAGGUGAUAGCCCAAGGGUUUUUGCUGCCAAGCUGCAGGCAGGGAGUCCAACAUAUACUUCAGUGCUCAAUCAUAUUCGAAUAUACUUGCCUGAGUUGUUCCCAAACCUCAACAAAGUUGUAUUUCUUGAUGAUGACGUUGUUGUCCAGCGGGACUUGUCAUCACUUUGGGAUAUUGAUCUAGGUGGGAAGGUAAAUGGAGCUGUUGAGACCUGCAGAGGUGGAGAUACUUGGGUGAUGUCCAAGAGGUUCAGAAAUUAUUUCAAUUUCUCCCAUCCCCUCAUUGCCAAUAACUUCGACCCUUCGGAGUGUGCAUGGGCAUAUGGCAUGAAUAUAUUUGACCUGAGUGCAUGGAGAAAGACAUCCAUUAAAGAUAAAUACCACCAUUGGGUCAGGGAGAAUCUGAGCUCAAACUUCACACUUUGGAGGCUUGGAACAUUACCACCUGGCCUUAUAGCAUUUAGAGGUCAUGUUCAUCCUAUUGAUCCAUCAUGGCAUCUUUUAGGCUUGGGGUAUCAGGAAAAGACAGAUAUCCCCAGUGUUCAGAAAGCAGCAGUCAUACAUUACAAUGGGCAAAGUAAACCAUGGCUGGAUAUUGGUUUUAAGCAUCUCCAGCCAUUUUGGACAAGACAUGUGAACUACUCGAAUGAGUUCAUAAGAAACUGUCAUAUAAUGGAGCCCCAGUUAUAGAUUGGCUAGAUAAACCAUUCUAUAAAUAUUGGCGUAAAUUAUGGAAUUAAAUUCAUUAUUUUGGAGACCAAUACCAGAUAGUCCAGAAGGAUACCCACGAAAUGCUCUCUGAACAGUAACCCGGAGCUGGUACACGAGCGGAUGGAGAAUAUUUAAUGAACACAAAGGAAAUAUUUUCUUCCUAUACACUAGGAUCUCUUUCCCUUUAUUUAUUCCAUUUGUAUCAUAGCUCAUGAAAUUACAGUAUUGUUUAGGAUGGUUCUUUUGUAUUUAUUGGAGCAAUAUAAAUUGCCUGAUUUGGCGGGAUUGAUGGUAGGCCCAUCGUUAUUGUAAUUGUUGGGUAUCCAGUUCACCACAUGAACAACAUGGGCCAGAUUUUGAUUUUGCAAAGCAAGCCCUGUACAUUUGCUUCCUGUUUUCUUUAUCUUUUUGUGGUCAUCUGGUAUGAUACUCUGGUGUCACUGGUGUCAUCAGAAUUGGAUUAUUAUACUUACUGUAAAUUUGUAACUCCUGUCAUAUUUGGUCUUUGACUAUCUAUAACCUUUUCAAGUUUAGUACAUA